AUGGAUUCUCCGGCUUUUCCCCCGGACUCUCCUAUGGAGCAAGACGAGAUUCCAUUCCCUUGUAUGGGCUGCGGCGAGAUCCUAGAAGAAGGAAAGGCCUUCGAGCUCUCUGGACAGAGAUGGCACAUCGAUUGUUUCCGAUGCAGCACCUGCGGCACUCUUCUAGACUCGGAUGCGCACCUCCUUCUACUGGGCGACGGAUCCCUCAUUUGCAGCAGCUGUACCUACAGCUGCAACUCGUGUGGCAAUAAGAUCGAAGAUCUGGCCAUUCUCACCGGUGAUCAGGCUUUCUGCGCCCAGUGUUUCCGUUGCCGCAACUGCAAGAGGAAGAUUGAGAAUCUACGCUAUGCUCGCACGUCACAAGGGAUUUUUUGCAUGGACUGUCACGAAUCAUUAAUGCAACGAAGGCGAAAGAAAAAGGCCAGUGCCGCAGGGAAACGACCAGGUGGGCCGGGGGUAAAGCUGGACAAAUCGUUGCCCUCGUUGCCCCCGAGUAUGGAGGAAACCCGUUCUAUCGAAGAGACUCCCAGUGAGACGUACGUAGAAGCGGCAGAGGCCUCGCACGGCAGGACAGACAGCCAUGGUGAUAGUGCCCGCACCGAAACCUCACCGACGCGCCCGCCAACUGCAACAGACAACCUUAUCCUCCCAUCGAGCACAUAUCGGAGCAGUCGUCAAUUGGGCGGACAGCGUGACAACGACGCGGACGCCGGCGGAGAGUUUCUCAUUCCUCUCACCUUCGAUCCUUCAGAGGGCCAGCGCUCGUCCUCCCGGACACAGUCUCAACAGGAACCCGCCCGUGAUUACUUUGGCCAAAUCCGAUCAGGCGAUUCGUCUAUCAGAACCUCUCGCGAUGGCCGAGACUUCACUCUUGAACCCCCUUCUCGUACCUCGUCCGAGCAUCCGUCUCCUCAUAUUGCAUACCAGGAGAAAGGCCGGGAAGGCCGCCGGACGGACUCGGCUCGACGUGACAUGGAUGCCGCGAAUGGGUCGGCAGAGAAGCCAUCGACAUCUCACUCUGAGAGAAGUAAGCUCGGAAUGUCGGAGUCUGCUCGUAGCUCUAGGUCUGAUCUGCCCCUGGCACUGAGGGAGACGAGUGCUUUCUCAGGGGCCACUAGCCCUGAUAGCAACCGGUCGAAGGAAGCUACUGGACUGGACGGUGCGGCCUCGGGUUCUGCGCGCCCAUCCAACGAACUCCGCAGACUUCAUGAACACACAUCUGUGGACUCCAACCGCUCGCAGCCUACUUCCCACAUGACCUACCCACCAAAGCGAGGCGAUUCGCUCGAUAGCAAGCACCAUCAAAUCCCACGGAAAGAAGUUGGUGCAUCGCCUGCAUCAUCCGCUUAUGGAGGAUCUCCCAGACUGCCUGACAGCAUCACUGAGCAGCAGAAACAAAGCAUCACAUCGGUCAACACGACAUUGAACGGCGCCGGCUCGCCGCCCUUCCCGCGCUAUACUGGCAGUGAAUUCUCGCCGGAGGAUGAUCCAAAUAGUGAAUCAUUCCUACGACGCGUCUCAAACUCUGUCCGCCACGGCCGAAGCUUCAGCGAUAAGAGUGUGCGUCUCCCAAAAGAAGGCAAAUAUCCCCGCUCGCCUCCCAAUGGAAGCUCUGUUGGUACCGAUAUCGGCAGUCCUACUGCUAGUAUCUCCCAAUCCGAGGAGGUCGCCUGGCUUCGCAACGAGUUGCGCAAGGAACGUCAGCGUGUAACGGAUAUGGAGGCUGCUCUUCGCGCUACGGCGGAUGUGAAGCAGGUCAACACCGAACUCUCAGAGAAGCGAUCGACCAUGGUUGUGCUUGACGCCCAGAGAGAGAUUGUUCUCCGGGAGCUUACGGUGUUAACUGACCACCUAGAAGCAGAGAAACGUGGCGCCGCGGGUGGACCUCUAGACCUCGGCAAGUUUUCGAAUCAUGUUCUUCGUGAACUUGCCGAAUCAAUCCACAAGCUGAAGGAGUCCUAUGCUCCACAGAUUGAGGAGCUCAUUCAGAAGCGCAAUGACCUAUCGGGGGAGCUCGCCAACCUGAACCGCCAGAAGGAGAAGACGUUCCAAGAAUUUGAGCAGCUUUCGUCUAAGAACGCUCAGUUGGCUGAGUUGAACAACACAUUGGUGCACCAAAUCCAGGAGCUUUACAAGAACACCUCUGAUGGCCAGCGCGGUGCGAACGGACUUGGCAUCGUUUCUCACAACAAGGACAAGUCCAUCCACUCGAUUGAGACUCUGAAGCCCACCAUUGAUAGUCUUUCAUCCUCCAUCUCUACCGCCCAUAUUUCCGACGAUCUGGAAACUACCACUGCUACGGCUACAGUGGUGCCCGGGCCGCAUGUAGUCAACGUUCGCAAGGGCAAGUUCAACUGGAAGAAGGGUGGCCAGAACGUUGCGAAGGGCGUCAAGGGUCUUAAGGGAGCCUUCAUGUCCAGUGAAACUGGAGAGGGUGGUGGUGGUCUCCCCCGUUCCCAGACGCAGGACCCUAACCGUCAGGGCUUUGGAUUCUUUGGAAACCAACGCAAUAAGCAGGGCGGCAAGAUGUCGCAGGCCGACAGCGUGCCAGUCUUGGCUGAAGCUGCCGGUGGUGGUCUCUUCGGUACUGAUCUGGAGGCUCGCAUGGAGCAUGAAAAGAGUAUCAUUCCUGCCAUUGUGACGCGGUGUAUUCAAGAGGUUGAAUUACGAGGUAUGGACAUGGAGGGAAUCUACCGUAAAUCGGGUGCCGCCUCCGCCAUCCAAGGUAUCCGCGAUGGCUUUGAACGCUCUCCAUUCGACUACGAUAUCUCUGAUCCUGACCUUGAUAUUCACGCUGUCACUUCUGCUCUCAAACAAUACUUCCGCAAGCUCCCCAUGCCACUGAUCACCUAUGACACUUACGACAAGAUUAUCGAUUCUGCUGAAAUCCCACACGCUUCCGCACGGGUUGAACUACUACAGAAGUGCUUGUCUGAGCUGCCCCGCACGCACCGCGACGUUCUGGAGUUCCUCGUCUUCCACUUGAAGCGUGUGGUUGAGCGUCAGGAUGAAAAUCUGAUGACCAGCCAGAACAUCGCUGUCGUCUUUGCGCCGACCAUCAUGCGGCCCGAGAGCCUGGCCCGUGAGAUGACCGACGUGCAGAAGAAGAACGACAUUCUCAAGUUUCUGGUCGAGAACUGCCAGGACGUCUUCAUGGGCAUGCCAAAUUAG